CAGGCCCAUUGAUUUGGCGUUGCUAUGGACUCAUUCUACGAGUUUUGACUGACUAAAUGGAGACGAAGUGUGUUAGUAGCUGACUGACUGAUCAGGAAGGUCAGAUCACAGUAUGGUCGGUUGGACGGACAUUCAUUGGUCAGACGUAGUCGGUGGUAAUUCGUUCAACAGAGCAGACAUUUCCAUCUCGAGCGUUUCACAUGGCCAGAUAACCGUGUAACCUCGUUUUUUUCACCAAUAACUGACGCCUGACGUGUGUUGUGAGUCGAUGUCGGAGCGCAUUCUAGCAUACUGACAUUUCAAAGGGAUAUUUUAAUUUACACGACGUACACCAGUUCACCUCGGGGACACAAAUAUUACGGCCAUCAGGCUAACCAUGUUUGCAUUCACUGGGAAGGAAUCGGACUUCUCCAUAGACUAAGCGUAAGCAUUUCGUUAGGUGACCCUUCGUGACAAGGGAAUGAUUGGAAGCGUCUUGGUGAUUCUUUCGAUCAGCCUUGGAUGAAGCAAGCGAUACUUCGAAUGGAUCUUUCUUCAGAGUGACAGUUAACCAGUUUUUGGUCGACGCUGUUUUAGUAUGAUCGAACCUUCCAACAACUUGAUAAAGAAGGAUAAGCUGCCUUCACCUUAUGAGUAAGGAAGACGUACGACACCGCGUAGCAGCCCGCUAUUAUCCAGAUAGCAGUUAAGGUGGGGAAGUUGAACCUACAUUCGAGACAAGGCCGAAGUUGCGAUGCACGAAAGAAAGACAAAUAAGAGCUGUCAAGCACGAUGGAGCGAAUGUCAUCCGACGUAGAACAGGUAGACCCGCCAAUUGCUCAUGAAGCACCUGUAAACGAUGAAGAUAGGCCUCCACCCGAAAGUGACCCUCCGAGAUUUGAUUUACAGAAGAACCAACAAAUCGAUGAUGCAUCGGAAAAAAUAGAUACGGAAUCGACGAUUGACACUGCCGCUAUGGAUACGUCGGCUGAAACCGUUGCAGCUGACCAACGGCGCUAUCGUCGUCCGAGUAACGCGAGUUCCACAUACGAGGCUGGUGAUCGUGGGCCCCCAAGGAUGGUCGACAGAGAACGGCCAGUGGGGCUGAAAAAACCGCAAAUCCGGCGAAUGAGUAAUGGAAGCUUCAACCAGGACAGUGAGCGAGGUGUACUGCCUACGAAGAGGUUGCAGAAUCGGCGACGUGUGAGCCGAGGGAGCCUGGAGAAAAAGAUGAGUGAAAAGGAAAGGUUGCACAAUCUGAAUCCGGUAUCGAGGCCGGAUGGAGUGUUUCUGACCGCCCCGAGGGACCAGGAGGAUGUGUACGCAAGUAGAGACGACGAUAGUGGCUUUGCAACUGCUCGGGAAGACGGCAGUAUUGUGACGUCUAGGGACGAAAAGGGGACCAUGACUAUGGGUGACAUGAGAGGGGAUAACGAAAGCGUAUCAAUGUCGUACAAUGAGAAUAUAGGGCCAUUUGGCGAUAGUGACUAUAGCCGUGGGUUACAUAAUUUGAGAGAAAGAUUAAAGGAUUUAGAAAGCGAUGUUGAAAAAUGUAAGAAAGAUUUCUAUCAAUCUGAAAAACCAUCCACAGAGUCAUAUCUGAAAUACCUAGAUUUGUGUAACGAUAACUUCAAAUUCUGCAGUGAUGUGUUGAAGAAAAAUAACAUUCAACCACGGAAGAUAGAUUCAGAAGUUCGGAUUGUGGCGUUACUAAAUGACUUACGAAUUACCGAGGAUCCUGACGUCGAUCCAGAAAUCCUUGGGUUCAUUACAGACUUUUGGGAGAAUUUGAAACAAACUUGCGAUUGUGCUUUAGUUCUGAAUUCAAAAUUUGCUGGUAACAUUUAUAAGAAGCUAAAAAAGAGUUGCAGGAGCGCUAGUGGUUUUCAAGGCGUUGACCUCAACAUUACAAACCAGUAUACUAAGGAUAUCGUUGGGUACAUGAACAACCUAGAGACGACUAUGAGUAGUCUCGCGGCACUCACUAAGAGCUUCCAGAAUGGCUUGAAUUCAAAUCUGUUUUCGGGGACUGGCAUCUCACAAGAGGUGACAAAACGGGUAAACCAUGCUCAAUUCCCGGUGCUAAGACUUGUGCCAGAUUUAACUGAGAAACUUGAGUUUAUCUGUAAGAUUGCUCAUGAUUGGAUAGAUCGCGACGAGGCGUAUGUCGAGGAGAUAAAGACGCAUAUCUUGCGAACGCGCACGCUGCGCAGAGAGCAUGAGGAACAGAUUCGAGACACCGCUGAGCAGAAACGGAAAGUUGCCAAAUCCAUGAAGCUAGCUUAUCUCGUUUGUCAGAACAACAAGAAGAAGUUACAAAGGUUGGAGAAGGAGUUGGAGAAGAUGCAUCGGCAGGUCAGGGAGUUUACUGCUGAACGAAAAGCAAAGGACGGUGAAAGACACGCAAAAGAAAGCAUGUUGGAUUUCUUGAAAAUUAGCAUCAGCCAGACUAAGAUGAAUUACUCGCUUCAGAUGAGAAAGUCACGCCUGUUACGGCAGUUGAAGGACUUAGAAGGUACCUUGUCUGAGAUCGAGACCCAGAUGGCGAGUCUUCAAGACCUCAUAUCAGAGAAAACUCUCCUCCGCGAGGAGAUAGCAAUCCGCUUAGAAGAAAAUGGAGGCGUUUAUUUAGACAUGAAAAAGGAGCUACAGGACUUCACGGAGAAUCUUCAGCAUCUUUACCAGGGCUUGGCACAGUUACAAGAAACUAUGUCUCAACUGGAGUUCCUUCAAAACAUCAAGACAAGUCCGGAGAAGAUUGACGACUUCUACGACCGACCGAGCUCAGUUAAGUUGGCGCCAUCUCUGAAGGAAAAGAUCAGACGAAAGAGACGCAUUCAGGCGGGAACAAUUGUGGUGUCUACAGCAAGAUCGACGUUACCAAGACUCAUUUCAGAGGAGGAUAGAGACCAUGAUUGAUGCAGGCUGUCGUUGUUGAAAGAGUAUCCCGGUUUCCGGUGUAACUUAGUGGUCUCUAUACCCCCAAUGAUAUUUUUGUGUUGCCUCACAACUUGGCAUUACCAAGUCUUUUAUUUGGAAGACGCUGGCAUAACAAAGAUGGGAAACGCAGAAAACGAGACACUCUUGCUUUGUAAGAUUCUUUUACGAUUUUGGGUGAAGAACUUGAACCAGCAGAAUCGUACAAGAAUCUUGUAAGCCUAUGCAAUUGACGUGUACGAAGCUGGAAGUGGAAUCUCAUCGACAAUGUCGAGCUCGGAGCAAUUCGUACCGAUUGUGUUGAGAUUUUGUUCAGAGUGUUGUUAAACAUGUUGCUACACAUGUAGCCUAUUUUAUACCAAUUUUGUAGUUUGCCAUAAUGUCUUGUUGACAUGUCAGAAAAGAAGAAGAAAUAAAUAUACAUAUCUAGA